AUGCAUCGCGCCAUAAGAAGUAUCAAGCCCACCAAGCCGGUGGGCUUUACUACGAAUAUAUAUCACAGUCUGCCACACUUGGUAGCAAGCGAUCUCCACUGCGCAGCCCGCCGCAGCCACAUCGCCGAUGUAUCCAACAUUCUUCGGAAACGAGGCAUCCUCAAAGUCAGUCUAAAAUUCGAGGACAAUGCCAGUCGGUAUCUCCAAAAGCUUCUCGUUGGAAUCCACGAACAGCACGGCCACGGGCUCCCCAUCACGCACAGUGCAUCCCGUGGCUGGUUCUGGGACGUGCGGCCAAACAACAUCACCUUCCAAACGCCUUCGCAUCAAGCCCGAUCCGAAACCAUGGAGGAGUUUCCCUGGCAUACCGACUGUAGCUACGAAGAGGCUCCACCGCGGUACUUUGCCUUGCAGGUUCUUCGAGAGGAUCGAUGUGGCGGCGGUACGCUGUCUGUGAUGAACGUCGGCAAGCUCAGCUCGCUCCUUUCCUCGUCGACCUGCGCUGCUCUCCUGCGACCUGAGUUCCAGAUCAACGUCCCGCCGGAGUUUGUGAAAAGUGACAACAAAAAGUAUAUAGUGGGGAGCUUGAUGGCUGUGGACGCCGAGGGAGAGCCUAGUAUGGUGCGGUUCCGCGAAGAUAUUGUCGCCCCGUUGACUGCGGAGGCUGCGCUCGCGCUGCAGGAGAUAAAGGAAUGUCUACUCGGAUCGAAGGCAAAGGCUGAGACGCUUCAUCUGACGCCGGAAUGUUUACCUCGGGGGUCUAUCAUUCUGAUGGAUAACUACCGGUGGCUUCAUGCGCGUAAUCAUGUCAACGAUCCGGAACGGCACUUGCGAAGGGUCCGCUGGGAUGCGAAGACCUUUCCGUCUGUUUGUGUAUAG